UGAUUAGCAAAUCUAACGCAACUGCAUCACCGUAGCUCAGCACGCGCAUUUACGCUCUGUACUCGGACCAAAUCCCAGCUCGCGCACGCAAUCCGUUUACGCUCGAAGAGAGGCCCCCGCUUCCCUUUGCUCCGUCUAUCAAACAUUCCAGUCCGUCAAAGCCUUAACUUGAGACGUCCAACCUUGCCGAGAGCGACGCAGGUCCCUGGGUGAAAACUCCCUGACAGAGAAGGCACAGGCAGGCGCGGCUUGGAGAGGAAGAAUGGCGGAUUCGAGCAGCACCGCAGCGGUCGGGGCCGCAGCGUCAGCCUCCAACAGCGCUACUGCUGCUGGGGCGGCUGGCACUGUUGCGCAUGAUGGAGCGCCGGGUGCUACGGGGCAGAAACCCGCGUCAGAGUCUGUGAAGGGCCAGAUCUUCGACGUGGGCCCCCGCUACACCAACCUGUCUUAUAUCGGGGAGGGGGCAUACGGAAUGGUGUGCUCUGCCCUGGACCACGUGACCAACCAGCGCGUGGCCAUCAAGAAAAUCAGCCCUUUUGAACACCAGACCUACUGCCAGCGCACACUGAGGGAGAUCAAGAUCCUGCUGCGUUUCAACCAUGAGAAUAUCAUCGGUAUCAAUGACAUUCUAAGAGCUCGCCACAUCGACAACAUGAGAGACGUUUACAUCGUGCAGACGCUGAUGGAGACAGACCUGUACAAGCUGCUCAAGAGCCAGAAGCUGAGCAACGACCACGUCUGCUAUUUCCUCUACCAGAUCCUGCGAGGACUCAAGUACAUCCACUCUUCCAACGUGUUGCACCGGGACCUCAAGCCCUCCAACUUGCUUAUCAACACCACUUGCGACCUCAAGAUUUGCGAUUUUGGACUGGCACGGAUCGCUGACCCUGAGCACGACCACACAGGAUUCUUGACCGAGUACGUGGCUACGCGUUGGUAUAGGGCUCCAGAAAUCAUGCUGAACUCAAAGGGCUACUCUAAGUCCAUUGACAUAUGGUCAGUGGGCUGCAUCCUGGCUGAGAUGUUAUCAAACAAGCCCAUCUUCCCUGGGAAGCAUUACCUGGAUCAGCUCAACCACAUUCUGGGUGUCCUUGGCUCUCCAUCCUCAGAAGAUCUGAACUGCAUCAUUAACAUGAAAGCCCGAAACUAUCUGCAGUCCCUGCCUGAAAAACCCAAAAUCCCCUGGGAGAAGCUUUUCUGCAGGGGCGACCGAAAAGCUUUGGACCUGCUGGGCCGCAUGUUGACCUUUAACCCCAACAAGCGUAUCAGUGUUGAGGAGGCGCUGGCUCAUCCUUAUCUGGAGCAGUACUACGACCCCACGGAUGAGCCAGUGGCAGAAGAGCCCUUCACUUUCACCAUGGAGUUGGAUGACCUUCCCAAGGAGAAACUGAAGGAACUCAUAUUUGAAGAGACGGCUCGCUUCCAGGAGACCUAUCAGGGCUCCUGAGACACACGGUCUAAAAGGGUCUCUACGCCAACCACAGGAUUGGAACCUGAAGCCCCCCCCCCUCAGAUGACAUGCUUAAAUACAAGAAAAUGCAUCCUCAAAAAUCCAAGGAAAAGAUAAAAACUCAGAACAUUGGCUGCUUUUCUUUCCAUUUCCACCGCAAGAAAGCUAAGUGUUUGAAUUUGAUUUGCGUGUUUAGGUGGGGCCGUUGCGGCUCUUCGCUCUUUACUCUCCUCUGCACUCUUCAGUUUCCUCUGUCCUGUUUUUUUCCAGCCCCCUCUCCAUCAUGAUCACCUUUCAUUACCCGAUCAAUCUCUUCUUUGUUGUUGUUUUUUUUCCCCCCAGCUCUCUUGCACACAAAUAUAAACGACUAUUCCUUAUUAAUCGACACCAUUACUCUGUCUUGCUACAUACGUGUACAGUAGGACUUGCAAACGAGGGCUAAAAGAAUGGGGGGGUGCUUGUUGUGUGGGUUUAUGUACAUUACAUACAAAAACUUUAAAACAAAAAAAAACGCUUUUUUCUUUCUUUUUAAGGAGGCUCGUCAUAGCUUUGAUUCAUACGCAAUUGUUUGCUUUAAAAAAAAAAAAAAUCAGCUUCCUUGUAUUUAUAUGUUUGAUUGAUCUGUGCAAGUCAUUUUAAACGUUUGACAUUCAGGCAAAUGUUUUCACUGGCAUGUUUACAGUUUUUUUCUUUUCUUUUCUAAAUGAUGUUGAUAUGAAUGCAUGCAUUCCUGAAAUUAACCAAAGUGGAUGAGAGAUGCAAGAAAGUGGGCAGCGACCGGAUUGAUCAACGUGUUUUUGAAAUGUUUCUCGAGCUGCUACAGCUCAGACAAAGGGCAAGACAGAUUGAACUCGCCCUCUAUUUGUUAGUCACACUAAGGUGUGGUUCAAAGCAAGCCAGUCAUGUUGCCAAGUCUCACAAAGCUCCAGAAUACGCUCGGAUGCUUUCUGCAAUGUGCACCUACUCGGUUAUUAUUCAGCAUUUGAGGUUGUAUGAGCAGUAAAAGCACAAGUACAGUACA